GGCAGGGUUAUAUCUAGAACCCCAUUAGGUGUGGUGGGGUGAGCUAGGGAAGUUCAGUUACAGGUCUGCUAGAGAGUUAAGUGGUGCUACUGUCACCUGAGCCAGCAUCAAAUUACCUGGGUCCAGGUUUCACUUGGAAGGAAGUGAAGCUGAGCCUUCCCCUGGCCCUCCAUCUGCCUCAGGCCUGGGUGAGUCCUACUGUAGAUGUCUGAGAGGACACUACUGGCUAGAAAAAAGCCUUUUACUGGUGAUCCUCAAAGACUCUCUGUCCCCAGGCCCUCAGCUAUGGCUCUGACCCCAUCUCUGGGCCCUAGACCCCACCUAGAGCCCCUCAACUAUCCCCCUGGAGCACCUAGGAAACUGGACAUUGCUGGAUACACCAUCUGCCCCACUUCUGAAAAGGAAAGAGUCAGGCCAGAUCAAGCCCAGAAACUGGGGCAGGACUCUUUGGACCUUCCGGAGCACUUCCAGGGUGGCCUGAGGGACACUGAGCCCAGUGCUGGUCACCCCAGAUUGCCAACACCCUCUUCCCAUGAGGACCCUCUUGGGGGCAAACACUGUGAGAGCCCCAUCUCUGGCUGGGAGGUAUUGGAAGCAGAGCAGGACAGCCUGCAUCUUUGCCUCCUGGGCCUGGGCCUUCGGCUGCAAGAUCUAGAGCAAGGCCUGGGGCCCCAGACAUUGGCCCAGAGUGAGAUGGUCCAGCUACAGACCCUACAGGCAUCCUUACGUGGGGCAGCUGAGUGUGUGGAUGCACUGCUGGUGUUCAGUGAGGGACUAGCACAGUGGAGUGAGCCUCAAGCCCUGGCAUCCCUGCAGCAAGUCCUGCAGGCCCUUGGAGCCCACCGAGACAGCAUCUUCUGGCAGCUGUGGCAGCUGCAGGCCCAGCUGGUCAGCUACAGCCUGGUAUACCAGGAGGCCAUCACACUGGACCAGGAUUUGGAGGUUGAGGUGGACUCAGACUGGCCAGGACCUGGUGGAGUCUGGGGGCCCUGGGUACCCAGUAGCCUCCCCACUCCUGCAGAGUUAGAGUGGGACCCAGCAGGGGACAUUGGGGGCUUUGGGCCCUUGAGGCAAAAGACAGCCUGGACACCAGGGGCUUCCUGUGAGCUGUGUGGCCACAGGGGCCCCCAGAGCUGGGGACGAAGCCCUGAGGACAUGCUCAUGUUGGGUCUCAGUCACCGGAAGCACUUAGGAGGUCACCAAAGAUGCUCUCUGCUCCAGAAGUCUCAGAACAAGAAGAAGCGAGCAUCUUCCAACCUCCAGGAUGUGUUGCUGGAGGUAGAUUCUGGAGCCCCUGCUCCUACGUCUAGGAGGCCCCUGACCUUCCUCCUCCUUUUUCUCCUCUUCCUUCUCCUGGUGGGUACCACAAUGUUCCUGCCCCAGUCGGAGGGCCUCUGCUGCUCUCCUGCCCGACUUGCCAGGACACCUUACUUGGUGCUCAGCUAUGUUAAUGGCCCCCCCCCCAAUCUGAGUACAUAGCCCAGACAUAUGUAAUAAAUGGUCACUUGUCAAAGGAUGUGUCUUAGUCCAUCUGGGUGCUGUAACAAAACAACAUAGACUAUGUGGCUUAUAAACAAUAGAAAUUUAUUUCUCACAGUUCUACAGGCUGAAAAGUCCAAGAUUAAGGUGCCAGCAGAUUCAGCAUCUGGUUAGGGCCUGCUUCCUGGUUCAUAGAUGGCUGCCUUCUUGCAGUGUUCUUACAUACCAGAAGGAGCAGGGAGCUCUUUGUGGUCUCACAAGAGAUUAAGGGCACUGGUCACUUCCAUGAGGGCUACACCCUCAGACCUAAUCACCUCCCAGAGGCCCCACUUCCUAAUAUCAUCACAUAGGGGAUUAGUAUUUCAAUGGCUGAAUUUUGAGAGGACAUGAACAUCAGUCUAUAGCAGAAGGUGUGAGGAUAUUGGGUGCCUGAGUACUCAGAAUCUAGGAUAUGACCCUGGUAUAUCUGGACAGCCUCCACAUAUCCCUUUGCAUUGAGCACAGAAUGCAGAACUGAAUCAACUCAUUAAACCCUGAGGCAAAGAUUCAAGCACAGGUAAUUUAUUUAGGAGGUGAUCCUAGGCAGAUUGGUAGGGGAGUAGGGAAGUGAGCCAGAGAAGGGUGUUGAACUGUUUGCUGCUCUGGGCACCUGGGGUGCCAUCCCUCUAGGAACCUCUGGGAGACUGUGUGGAACACACUCGAAAGUUGUUCUACCCAACUUUCAUUAGUUCCUGAAGCUGUCAACUCCCUAGAACUCCCAGUUUCUCUUGUCUGUAGAGUCCCCUCAGGCAGGAAAGCAUAGAUGCUUGUCACAGGAAGCUACAGGUAUGCACAGAAAGGGUGUGGUGACAUAAGCAAGCUGCCGACAGCACCUGCUGUAACCCCUGACCUGCAUCCAUACA